UUUGCUGUGCGGCUCCAGGUCCAAUGCGACGUGCCAGAGCACCAGGAACCUGCAGCCAAGUCUUCAGCGUGGCCUAUGGCUCAGCCGCGCGUCUUUCGGUGCAAGCCUUUGAGUUUCACGGAGACGUUCUCCUGAAGGUGUAGCCUUAAUUUUUGAAGAAUGAGCUUGUUUGGGGACAGUUCAGCUUCUGAUGGAGAGGACGCUCACAACCGUGCGUUUACUGUGGAAGGAUGUCAGGGGGGAGAGUCUCCGGUAACCCCGAGGAAAAGACUUCAAUUCAUGGAGGAAGCGCGAUGCAGCAGCCGACCUCCUCCUGAGGGCGCUGGAUCGGUUUCCAUCCCCGAGUCAGAGGAGAAAGGAGGUUUUUGCCAGCAAUGCCAAAAGAAGGUCUCAGAGCUGAAGAAGCAGGCCCUGGCCCUGACUGACCAAAACUCAUUGAAGGAUCCUGGAUAUGCAAACUUCCUGUUCAAGCAGCUUCAGAAACCUGAAGACCAUGAACCCAGCUGUUGCCAGGUGUGUUCCACGCCUUACCACCGACUGAGACAGGAGGCCUUGCAGACGCUCAGCGCUCCCCCCCUCACCUUCAGCUCAGACACGGCGGCCGUGCCCAGAUCGUUUUUGCCGCAGCCUUCCAGGAUCACCCUGUCGUCCUCCACUGCUACCGCCACCAAACCGUUGACAAAAAGCCAGCCUCACACCGGCUCUCUCCUGCCUUUGGGGGAGCGACACAAGGUACCGGGAUGGUCCCAGACCCCCUCUGCUUCUUCAGGGCCCAAGACCCGUGUCCAGGUGACCGUAGCGGGAGGACAGCUCACUGGAUCACUGAACACCGUCACCAUACAAGCACAGCAGUACCUGGAGGGCGUGUGGAGCACCUCCAGAGUCAACAACUUUCUCCCUCAGCCCAAGCCUGCCCAUGGCGUGAUGGAGGAUGCAGACAGGGAUGUCGCAACCUUGGAGGCCCCUGUCGCCACCAUGACCAGCACAGCUACGUGCAGCAGCAGCUCCCUGUCGCCCUGCCGGCCGAGGGCCUCCAGUCAAACGGGACUCCCAGCGCCCGUCACCGGCGCAUCCCCCUCCUCCUCUCCUUCCUCUUCGGCAGUGCCCUCCUUCUUCAUUAGGGCAGCUCAGAAGCUGAACAUCUCCUCCAAACGGAAGAAACACCAGCCCUCACUCCUCCACCCACAGGAGCCCUCGAUCUACCCGACCAACUUCAGUGGCAUCCUUCAGGUCUCGCCACCUCCCGCGCCACCAUGCUUGCUCAGAGCAGUUUCCAAAGUGAAGGAGAACCCAGGGAUGGGGAAGGUGAAAGUGAUGAUGCGAAUCUGUCCAUCUCUGGAAGCUGCAGACUCUUCAGAGUCUCAGUCUUUCCUGAAAGUCGACAGCAGGAAGAAGCAGUUGACCCUCUACGACCCGGCGUCCAGCCCACACUCCAGUUCAGGCCACAGGAGAUCCGCCACUGUGGCAGUCCCAAAGAUAUUUGCCUUCGAUGCUGUUUUUACCCAAGAUGCCUCACAAGCUGAGGUGUGCUCUGGGACAGUAGCGGAGGUCAUCCAGUCUGUUGUGAACGGUGCAGAUGGCUGCAUCUUCUCCUUUGGUCAAGUCAAGCUUGGCAAGACAUACACCAUGAUCGGUAAAGACAGCUCCACGCAGAGCCUAGGCAUCGUGCCCUGUGCCAUAUCUUGGCUCUUCAAGCUCAUCAACGAGCGUAAAGAGAAGACUGGCACGCGCUUCUCAGUCCGUGUGUCUGCCGUGGAAAUCUUUGGAAAAGAUGAAGAGCUGAAAGACCUGCUGUCAGAAGUGUCAACAGGCAGUCUGCAGGACGGCCAGUCCCCGGGAAUCCAUCUGCGAGAGGAUCCCAUCUGUGGUACUCAGCUCCAGAAUCAGAGUGAGCUUCGUGCCCCAACCGCCGAAAAAGCUGCCUUCUUUCUGGAUGCGGCCAUCAGUGCACGCAGCACCACCAAGCCAAAUGUCGAGGAGGAUGAGAGACGCAACUCACACAUGCUGUUCACGCUGCAUGUUUACCAGUACCGCAUGGAAAAGAGCGGUAAAGGCGGAAUGUCUGGCGGACGGAGCAGGCUGCACCUUAUCGACUUGGGGAGCUGUGAAAAGGUCCUGAGUAAAAGCAGAGAUGGAGGAGGAGGGUUGUGUCUUUCCCUGAAUGCACUGGGAAAUGUCAUAAUGGCUUUAGCAAAUGGAGCAAAGCAUGUACCUUACAGGGACAGCAAACUGACCAUGUUGUUGAGAGAAUCCCUGGGCAACAUCAACUGCAGAACCACCAUGAUUGCCCAUAUCUCAGAUAUCCCUGCCAACUAUGCCGACUCGCUCACCACCAUCCAGCUGGCUUCCCGCAUCCACCGCAUGAGGAAGAAGAAAUCUAAGUAUGCAUCAAGUUCAUCUGGAGGGGAAAGUUCCUGUGAGGAAGGGAGGAUCCGCCGGCCGCCCCACCUAAGGCCUUUUCAUCCUCGGACAGUAGCCCUGGACCCUGACCUGCCCUCUCUGCUCAGUGACCCAGACUAUUCCUCUAGUAGCGAACAGUCAUGCGAUACGGUUAUAUAUGUGGGUCCUGGGGGAACGGCAAUCUCAGACAAGGAGCUAAGUGACAAUGAAGGCCCACCUGCUUUUGUUCCAAUCAUUCCCUCCCUGAACAAGAAGAGAUCCACAAAAGAGGGCCCCCUGGACAGAGACCAGUUCUUUAAGUGCAACACAUUUGCUGAGUUGCAGGAGAGGCUGGAGUGUAUAGAUGGCAGUGAAGAACCCACUACCUUUGUUGGAGAGAGCAAACGAAGCCAGGCUAGCCCCAAGGCUGAUAAAUCUAAGGAAAACCAAGCCUCUAAUUCACCAAAGACUGUAUCAAAUAGUUCUAGCAACCAAGAGGACAUCUCAACAAAACAAUCUCCAAAAUCUGUUCCCAUACAACCAUCCUACAGUCCCAACAGUAAAUCUAAAGUGGACAAUGCCAAGAUGCAGUGUGUACCCGAAGAAACAGAGCCAUCAGAAAAUGUUCAAAAUACAUGCAGAACCAGGGCUGAUGGCGAGAAGGCCUUGGUCUCAGAUAGUCCAGUUAGUACAAACAAACUGGCAACUAUCACGACACCUAACUCAGAACCGGUGGUAAGAGAGAAGGUCUUCUUCAACAAAAAAGCCUUACCAAAUCCUGCGCCACCUCCUUCACAACAGAGGCAAAAUGUAAACAACGAAGAAAGAUCUAGCACAAGAAUGCCACCAGUGGGAAUGAGCCACCAAGCUAUGAAAAGAAGAGAUCCCUGCACUUCACCUUUUCUCAGAGGUCCAGUAGAGGUGUGCCAAGUACGCUCAACCUUGAGGGAAAGGUGUCUAGAUCGGGACAUCCUCAGAGCUACUGUCACCUUGCAGCAACCUGUGGAGCUGAAUGGAGAAGAUGAGCUGGUGUUCACUGUGGUGGAAGAGCUGUCUAUUGGAAGUAUUGCAAACAAUCGGCCAUCAAGCAUUAUUAGCUUUAACAGUGACUGCUCACUUCAGGCCCUGGCCUCUGGUUCCCGUCCUGUCAGCAUCAUCAGCAGCAUAAAUGAUGAAUUUGAUGCUUAUACAUCAGCUGGGGGAGGAUCACAGGUAAACAUAGCUGUGGUCGCACCCCUUCAGGAAGGUGCGAUGGAGUGUAUAGAUAGUAGGGGUUCAUCUAUCAGCUCUUGGUUGAGUGACGUUAGUGUCUGCACCUCAGAAAGUGAAGGAACUCAUUCAACGGAUGUUUUCCUUCCACAAGCCAAACACAUGGGUCCAGAAGCAACAUUUUACAUUGAUUCCCUUGACAUGUUUCAUUGUGUUUCAUCUCCCAGAGAUGCCAAGAACUCCUUAAAUGACAGUGGAUUUGGUUUUUCUGAACAAGACAGUGAUAGUGCUGCCUCAAGCAAACUAUCACUGACAAAGAGUCCCCCAUCACCAGAAUCAACAAAGAGCUCUCUCAGAUUCACAUCUAAAUUAACUAAAGCUCAGUCACAUAGCGCCUCUCCUCUUCCACAGGGGACUUCUAUAGUCCACUCCAGUCUUCCCAGGAAGAUUAAACCUACCUCAUCCAUCUCUCACAGUAGUAGCAGUAGCAGCAACAGUAGUAGAGAUCCACCAAGGCAAGAGGUUAAGCAGGAGGAUCCUUGGCAGUGCAUCAACAACCACUCAGAACCUCAGUUCCCUGACUCCAGCAGCACCAGCAAAUUUCUUAGAAACCCCCCUAGUGGUAUUCCUUCCAACAAACCAUUCAAUAACAGCAACAGUGUACCUCGCCCACCCAAGGUGCAAGGGCCUACCUCAUCCCAGAGGGUGGUCGAUGGCUGCGAGAAGCCAGCCAUGAAGAAUCCACCCAGUAAAAUGCCUCAAUUGAAGCGAGGUGCCACCACUCUGGGGACAGUGCCCGUUAUCCAUUCCUCAGUAGAAUACAAGGGAACCCAAGAUAUAAUUGCAUCCACCACAAGCCUUAAAUUCUCCUCUCUUGGGAAAAACAACAAGGCUAACUCACAGAAGGCAAGUAAUCUCCCUAAACCUGGCUGGACCUCACCACCUCCCCCUCCAGUAAGAAAGUCUAGCCUUGACCAGAAGACUAAGAUCCUUCUGCCCCAAAGUGCCUUGAAGUCAGCAUAUUGGGAGGCAGGGAGGAUCUCUGGGGGAAGGGCAGCUGUAUCAGAGGACGAACUUGAGGUGCGACAACGAUUAGACAGCACCGGUUACAAAACCUCCAGCCUCAACACAGCCAAACUUAGCUCCAGUCUGAAGGCCAAAGGGGCCAGAGGAGAGACUGGACUACACUAUGGCAGUCAAAUGUCCCUGGAAAGGUGUGACAGUCUGUCUUUAUCAGGCUCUAGGGCUGCACUUAGUAGGGAGAACAGUGGGGCAAGCCUGACUAGCAAAUCCAGCAAGUCCACUACAAGAUUUGGCAUUCCUAAUUCUUCUAGCUCUCCCAUUGCUACCUGUCCAUCUACUACAAGUGGAGGAAAUAUUACUAAACCUGGUCAGUUAAAGGCUUCUGGUAAUAGAACAUUAGGAACAGUUAAUGGUAGCAAGGCACGCUCACUGUCAGCCAACAGCUCAAAAGGCCUCAGCUCAUCCACAAAAUCUUUGGCCCCUUCAGUGGCCAGAAACACCAGUGCCAAUCUUCCUCCAUCAGGACGAACAUCAGCCCCUAGGACUGCUGCUCCAGUCGCCAAUAAGCCUGGAAGAGGGACUAUCAUGGGCACAAAGCAGGCCAUUAGGGCUGCAAAUAGCCGCGUGAGUGAACUGGCAACAGGAAACACAUCAGGCAAGCAUGGGAGAGGUUCAGGAGAUUCAGACAGUGGAAAUGACAGUGGUAUAAAUGUGAGUGAUGACAAAUCGCCCACAGCCAUGCUGCCUUCUCCGUACAGUAAAAUCACUGCACCCCGGCGGCCUCAACGUUACAGCAGUGGCCAUGGCAGCGACAACAGCAGUGUGCUGAGUGGGGAACUGCCUCCAGCUAUGGGCCGCACCGCUCUGUUUUACCACAGUGGAGGCAGCAGCGGAUAUGAAAGCAUGAUCAGAGAUAGUGAAGCCACAGGCAGCGCAUCUUCUGCACAUGACUCCAUGAGUGAGAGUGGCAUGUCAUCCUCAGGCAGAGCAAGGAGCUCCAAGUAUCCCAAAAAGAGAACUAACGGCUUUCAGAGAAGGCGACUGAUCCCAGCACCAUUGCCUGACACGUCAUCUGUGGGGAAGAAGGUGGGCACAACAGGCCAGUGGGUGGACUUGCCUCCUAUGUCUGGACCACUAAACGAGCCCUUUGAGAUCAAAGUGUAUGAGAUAGACGAUGUGGAACGCCUCCAAAGACGGCGUCAGGAGGAAACCACAGAGCCAUUCCAAGAUGUUGACAAGGGCUUGCUGUAUUUCAACAGUAAGCUGAAAAUGUUGGAGAAAAGGCAACAGCAAGUGAAAGAACUGAGGGUGAAGCAUCAAGUGUUGUUAGAAGAGCUGGAGGACACCAAGGCAAGACUGAUGAUGGAUCCCAGGAAGUGGGUUGGAGAGUUUGAGGUGGACCAGAAUUUGGAUAAAGAGUCUCCAGAGUACCUGGAGGCCUUGCUGCAAGCCACAGAUGAGCUGGAGUUUUGUGUCAACCUGUGCAAAUCUCACGUCAUGAUGGUGACCUGCUUUGACAUCAGCAUGACAUCUGGUGCUUUGGAGGGACUGCGAGAAGUUGAAGUCUGAGGACAAAAGAAAGUAGAUGAGGAGAAGGAUGAGGAAGUGAAAAAAAAACAAAAGGAAGAUGAAAUGUAGCACAGUCUUUAGAUAUCGCUGGAAUGAAUAACAACAGACAGUUGAGAUGUGAAAGGAGCUUUACAAGAAACCAGAGGAAAUCUUGAUCACAUUGCUACAGUGCCUCAUUGUCUAGAACAUGGCAGAGAAAUGAAGUGUGAGUACAAAUGCUGUUGCCUCUAUGCCAAGGCAGUGGCCAUCAGUCAAGAGUCAAUGAACAACACCCUGAAGUGCCUUUUUGUAUUGCAUUUUUUUGAGUCAUUAUUUUUCAUAUGGUGCAGGUAUCUUAAGCAUACCUAAGUAGACCCUGAACAUAUUGCGAGAUAACUAUUUUAUAUUGCAUUGUAUAGUGUAUUUAAAUGAACAUGUUGUGUGUACAAAUAUCCUUCCAUUUGGGAAAAAAAAUUAAGAAAAAAGAAGAAGCAAUGAGCUAAUGUUAUUGCGAUCCCAAACUUUGCCUUUUCUCUUGUUUCGAACCUCAGUCAGCAUUUUAUCCAUGUUCAUUCAGCCUAUUGCGCCUUAUGUUAACUCUCUGGUUAUGUAGUUUUCUAGAUUUUCAAAUGGGGACUUUUCUUCUUUCAUCAAGGACUGCAUUUGCUGUUGACACUCCUCUUCUGCCAGCUGGCUCAAGAAAGCUUGCAGGGUAGAGUGAAUGUUUUUCCCUACUGUUGCCUUGAUCAAAAUGGGUCUCAGUGGAUGCACUAAGGUGGAGCAUCAGUGAUGUUGAAGGACAGAGAGCGUAUUCAAGCUUUGCUUGCGUGUGAAAAUGAGAGACUAAGCCAAACAUAUCAAUCAGAUGGGUGCUGUGAUGGACAGCGAGUGAUGAUUCUUGAUUCAGCCAUUCUCUCUGGUGCCUCAGUAAGUGGUCAUGCAACCCUGAGAGACUUUCUCUUUCUCACCUGUAACAGAAGUCUGAUGAGUGGUUACGCUGAUAGCGGGGCUCACUAGGGAGCCCAAUUUCUCUCUAAAUAGGAUUAGACUUGGGGCUUUCUGUUUACUGUAAGACAAAAGCGCAGAGAUGAGACAGCAUAAGUCUGCCAGAGUCUUAUUCUUCAGUGCUUUUUUCUCUGUGCUGCCAAGCCCGGUUCUAUGCAUUCCAGUACAGUUUUAGUGCAACUUGUUUUACAAACCCAAUAAUGACUUAAGCUCCAGAACACAGAUUGGCCAUUUUGGUUCCCAGUUGAAAUAUCCUGUUUUUGAAACUGGUAAAUAGAUAACACUGAUGUAGCAGUUCACACUCCAUUUUCCCACGAGUUUCUUUCAAAAGGAUGCAUUAAAUUGGCGUGAAUAAUCAUGGAAUUGUUCAGCCAAAUCAGUCAUGAUAUCAGCCCUCUGAAGCUGCCAGAAUGUGUUUGUGAGCUAAAUAGCUACAAAAUAAUUAUCAGCGAAAAGACAAAAAAAGAAAAAUUAAACCAACCAGACUGGCUGUGAUGUAUCUCGGUGUGUUUUAUUUCUGUUUAUGAAAAAUAUGAUUUUCUUUUACUUUUUUUAAAUUUUGUUACUAUGUAUUCUCUCAGGCCCUCUAUGAAAAUGCUGCAUGACAUUUUUAAAAUCAUAUUUAGGGUUGAUUUCUACUCCAUUUUUACCAUUCUAACAUUUUUCUAUAACGGUUCAGUUUUCUCGAAUGUGGGGUUAUACCCAUGAAUUAAACAAUUAUCAUCAAACCAAGUCCCUUUUUCAAAAAACUAAUGUAAGGUCACAUUUCAUACCAAAACCCAUAUUUUCUAAUAUUUUUUGUUUUUGUAUAGGAUUUUCAAAAACUUGUGUAUAAAUGUAUGAUAUGGCAGCUUGUGUUUUCUUUUACAGUACCUGUGAAUAAA